AUGGACGGCACGAUAUUUAAAUCAUCCCAUCUUAUAGAAAGCGACAAAUACAGAGAUAACGCUGUGUCCGAAUAUGAAUAUUAUAAUGGUCAUGUGGAUAAAAAUGAUAGUAGUUAUGGUGGAGGUGAUGAUGAUGAUGAUGGUAAUAAUGAUGGUGGUGGCGUUGACGAUGACGAUAACAAUGAUGACGUCGUCGACGACGACGACGACGACGUCGAUGAUAGCGCAGAAGACGACGACGAAGACGACGUCGACGAUGAUAAUGAUAAUAAUGACAAUUGUAGUAAGACUGAAAAUAAUGACAAUGUUGUUGACUCCAAUAAUAACAUUGUCUGCUUUCCAUGGCUUUAA